AUGCACAUAUUACUAUAUAGUGCAAUUGUAUUAUCCAUCGUUAUUUCUGGAUAUUCUGGAGCACCAUUCAAAUCAUCUGAUAGUUGUGGUUACAAUGCAUGUAAUUUAGGACAAUCUAAUAAACUUAAUGUUCACAUUGUUCCACAUACUCAUGAUGAUGUCGGUUGGCUAAAAACUGUGGAUCAAUAUUUCUAUGGCGCUCGUAAUGAUAUUCAACAUGCUGGUGUUCAAU